AUGGCCUCUCGAUGCAUGGCUGCCCGUAUUCCCAUCUUCUUGCUUGUCCUAUUCUCGUCCAUCUCGGCUUCUUCUCCCACUCCCACCAAUGGCAAUCGUAGUGACAUCGAUCUCGCCGCACUGCUCGCUUUCAAAGCCCAGCUCACCGACCCUCACCGCAUCCUUGCCGGCAACUGGACCACCGGCACGUUUUUUUGCCAUUGGGUCGGCGUCUCAUGCAGCCGGCGUAGGCAACAUGUCACUGCUCUAUCGUUGCAGGGCAUCCAACUUGCUGGGCCCAUGGCACCUCAUGUGGGUAACCUCUCUUUCCUCUCCGUCCUCAACCUCACCCUCACCAAUCUUACUGGACCGAUUCCAGCUGAACUUGGUAGGCUACAUCGUCUUACAUAUCUCGGACUUAGAGGGAAUAGUCUAUCAAAUGCCAUACCUACUACCCUAGGCAACCUCACAAGGCUCGAGAUCCUUAGUCUAGGUUCCAACCAACUCUCAGGGCAGAUCCCUCCUAAGAUGUUAUUGUAUAUGUACAACCUUAAAAAAAUUAAUCUGCUUGGAAAUGACUUGAGUGGCCAAAUACCACCAUAUUUGUUCAACAACACUCUAUCAUUGACGUACAUCCAUUUUGCAAAUAACAGUCUGUCAGGUCCUAUACCACAUUCUGUUGCAUCCCUAUUUAUGCUCGAGUUCUUUAGCCUUGAGUUUAAUCAACUCUCCGGUCUAGUGCCACAAGCCAUGUACAAUAAGUCUAGACUGCAAGCCAUAUGGCUCGAAAAAAAUGAUAACCUAACUGGAAUUUUUCCGAACAAUCAAAGUUUCAACCUCCCAAUGUUGCAAUUUAUUUCAUUAUCAAGUAACAAAUUUACUGGUCGGUUUCCAUCAGGGCUUGCAUCAUGUCAAUACCUACAAGUACUUGAUUUUUCUGCAAAUUCUUUUGUGGAUGUUGUACCAACAUGGUUGGCCAAAUUGCCACGCCUUGAAGUGCUUGAGUUGGGUUCUAAUAAGCUUAUUGGCUCAAUCCCAGCUAGUCUAAGCAAUCUCACCAGUCUUUCUAUAAUAGACAUGCCCUACAACAACCUCACAGGGGAGAUUCCGCCAGAAUUAGGUCUUAUACAGGAACUCUCACAUUUGUAUCUUGGAACCAAUCAGUUGACAGGGAAAAUUCCAGCUUCCCUCGGCAACUUAUCCAAAUUAUCUUACCUAGCUUUGGAAAUGAAUCAAUUGUCCGGCCAAGUACCAACUGCACUUGGAAAAAAUGCAGCUUUGAACAAUCUCGAUUUGAGAUAUAACAACUUAGAGGGGAAUCUAGACUUCUUAUCAGCUCUGUCCAAGUGCAGAAAGCUCCAAUUCCUUUGGUUAGGCGCUAAUUCUUUCACAGGCGUCCUCUCCGGCCAUGUGGGAAACCUCAGUUCACGAUUAAUAUUUUUUAAUGUAGGUGACAACAAGUUAAUAGGUGGGCUCCCGGUAGAAAUCUCAAACAUAAGCAGCCUUGAAAGACUAGGUGUAGAAAACAACCUGUUAACCGGGCCAAUCCCAGAAUCCAUAGCUAUGUUGGAAAAUCUUGGAUGGCUUGAUCUGUCAGGUAAUGACAUGUUAGGCCCUAUCCCAGCACAAAUGGGUUUGCUCGGAAGUCUAGAGCGGCUUUCUUUCCAUGCAAACAAAUUAUCAGGAUCUAUACCAAGUAGCUUUGGAAAUCUUAGUUUGUUAGAAAACAUCGACUUGUCUAAUAACCAGUUAAGUUCAAUGAUACCUGCAAGCCUUUUCCACCUAGAUAAACUUAUCACACUAGAUAUUUCUCACAAUUACUUUGUUGGUGCACUACCAGUCGAUGUUUCAGGUCUAAGACAAAUAUACCAAAUGGACAUUUCUUCCAACUUCUUGAUAGGAAGCAUCCCAGACUCAUUGGGACAACUUAGUAUGCUAAUCUACCUAAAUCUAUCGCAUAACUCCUUCAAAGGAUCAAUUCCAGGCCCACUCAAAAAGUUAAGAAGCUUAGCAUCAUUAGACCUAUCCUUUAACAAUCUCUCUGGUAGCAUUCCCACAUUCCUUGCCAACUUUACAUACUUGACUACCUUGAACCUCUCAUUCAAUAGUCUAGAAGGCCAAAUACCCGAGGGAGGUGUUUUCUCAAAUCUCACAUUGCAAUCUUUGAUUGGAAAUGUUGGGCUGUGUGGCGCUCCGCACCUAGAUCUUUCGCCAUGCCUUGACAUACCUCACUCAAGUAACAAACAUGUGCUACAAAUUCUACUCCCAACACUUACACUAGCUUUUGGCGCCUUUGCCAUUUCCGUAUACCUAUUGUUCGGAAAGAAACCUAAGGGGGGAGAGGACAAACAUUUUGUCAAUGCAAAUGAUGUCAUAGGCCAUCAGAUAGUCUCCUAUCAUGAGCUCAUUCAUGCCACCAAUAAUUUCAGUGAAGGUAACAUCUUGGGAUGCGGAAGCUUUGGAAAAGUAUUCAAAGGCCAACUAAGCACUGGUUUGGUAGUCGCUAUAAAAGUUAUUGACGUGCAGCUAGAGCAUGCCAUUCGAACUUUUGAUGCCGAGUGUCAAGUGCUUCGUAUGGCGCGACACCGCAACCUCAUAAAGAUACUCAACACAUGUUCCAAUCUUGAUUUCAAAGCGCUAGUGCUUCAAUACAUGCCAAAUGGCAGCUUGGAGAUGCUCCUACAUCAGACCAAGAGUACAGUGCGCUUGGGAUUCCUUGAGAGAUUAUGCAUCAUGCUAGACGUGUCGAUGGCAAUGGAUUAUCUACACCAUGAGUACUGCAAUUUGAUCUUGCACUGUGACUUGAAGCCUAGCAACGUGUUGUUCGAUGAGGAGAUGACGGCGCAUGUGGCGGACUUUGGCAUUGCAAGGUUGAUUCUAGAUGACAACAGCAUGACAUGUGUGAGCAUGCCUGGAACAGUUGGGUACAUGGCACCUGAGUACGGAUCUCUUGGAAAAGCAUCGCGGAAGAGCGAUGUUUUUAGUUAUGGAAUCAUGCUCCUUGAAGUCUUCACCGGAAGAAGACCCACCGAUGCUAUGUUUGGCGCACAACUAACUCUUAGGCAGUGGGUUCAUCAGGCAUUUCCUGCAGAGCUUGUCCAAGUUGUCGAUGUCCAGCUUCUACAGGGUUCCUCUCUUUCUAGCUGCAAUCAGGAUGGUGGUUUUCUUGCUUCGGUCUUCGAGUUGGGAUUGAUCUGCUCUAGUGACUUGCCUGACCAGAGGAUGACGAUGCAUGAUGUGGUAGUGAUGCUGAAGAAGAUGAAAGUCGAGUACACCAAACUGAUAGCUACUACUAUGCCACGUAGUGCAACACAAUGAUCGAUCGCAUAUCCUUUCUUACGUCUCAUCUAUAUCAUUUUUCUUCUGCACUUAGAAUAGCCACAUAACUCCUCGGAUGUGUUAAUGUGUA